AUGGUGCUGGCGGCGGCGGACGUCUCGCUCCGGAGCAGCAGCGGCGCCGACGUCUCCUCCUCCCGGCGCUCGAUGGUUCGCCCGGCGUUCCCCAUCGCGCCGCACGAGUUCUUCCACGCCCGGAUCCCCGCCGCGCCUCGCGAGGCGACGAAGGAGGUGCCGGCCGCGGAGGGCGACGACGAGCUGCGGCUGUCGGACCUGGAGCAGGUCUGCCAACUGGGCGAGGGCGCCUGCGGCGUCGUCACCAAGGUGCGCCACCGCCGCACGGGCGCCGUGUUCGCGCUCAAGACGGCCCACUACGCCGACCCCAGCGGCGCCCCGGACGAGGAGGCCGAGGCGCUCCGCCGGUCUGCCGGCUCGCCGCACGUCGUGCACUGCCACGCCGUCCUCGCCGGCGCCGCGGACGGCGCGCCCGCGUACGUGCUCGAGCUCAUGGACGCCGGGACACUCGGCGGCGUCCUCGGCCGCCGCGGAGGGCGCGGGAUCCCCGAGGGCGCCCUCGCCGAGGUGGCCGCGUGGUGCCUCCUGGGCCUGGCGCACGUGCACUCCCGCGGCGUCGCGCACCUCGACCUGAGGCCCGACAACCUCCUCGCCAGCUCCCGCGGGGACGUCAAGAUCGGCGAUUUCAGCGUGUCCAGGAUCCUCUACGGACACGCCGGCGAGCACCGCAGGGUCUCCGUCGCCGUCGGCUCGCCAAUGUACCUGAGCCCCGAGCGGUUCGAGCCCGACGCCCACGCCGGGCCGCGCGGCGCCGUCGCCGCCGACGUCUGGGGCUUCGGCGUCACGGUCCUGGAGCUCUUCUUGGGGCGUUCCGAGAGCGCGGCGGCGUCGCCGGAGCUGCGCGGGUUCGUCGCCGCGUGCCUGCAAAAGGACCCGAUGCGGCGCGCCACGGUGGCGCAGCUGCUCGCGCACCCGUUCGUGGCGCGACGACACGUCGACGAGUCGCGCCGGGCGCUGCGGGAACUCAUCGUGGAGACGCUGUAG